GGGUCAAUGUAGGAAUCAUGGAAACCAUCAAAACCCCAACCCUUUUUAAGUUUCUAGGGUAAAGAUAGAAAUCUAGGUUUUGUAUUUUCUUGAAAAAUGGGGAAUGGAGACAGAAGCAGUAGUAGGGGUUUUAAUAUCGGAGGCGGAGACGAUGACUCAGGGGAAGCACCUGCACCUGCACCUUCGGCGUUCUUGGAGUCUGAUAUUGCAGUGGGUAUGAACAUGCAGCACGCUGUAUCAUCUUUUAACCUUCGUAACAAGAUCACCAAUUUCAUGCCUCCUUCUUCAUAUUAUCACCACAACCAGCUUCAAAAUCAUCACGCUUCGACUGAAAUUGGUGGUGGCGUAGUCUUCGGAUCAGACAGUGGUGGAGCAACGGAAGUUUCAGGGAAAGUACUUUUCACUGCGACUCAGUGGCAAGAGCUUGAGAAGCAGACGAUGAUCUAUAAGUACAUUAUGGCUUCUAUCCCUGUUCCCCCUCAGCUCUUAAUACCUUAUUCCACUCAAUCCAACAAGGGGGGCAUGGACAUGAGAUUCUCAAGCGGGUCGGAUCCGGAGCCAUGGAGGUGUAGAAGAACCGAUGGAAAGAAAUGGAGAUGUUCCAGGGAUGUAGCACCUGACCAGAAAUACUGCGAGCGUCAUGCCCACAAAAGCAGACCCCGUUCAAGAAAGCCUGUGGAAAUUCAACCCCACAACACUAACAUUACAACAAACGCCCUCAACAUUACUCCUAAUUCGUAUACAAAUGCUCUUACCACUUCUUCAUAUCAACAUCCCAGUUGGGGAAUCCCUGUAUCUGUAUCUUCAUCGAACCAACAAUUUCAGGAAUCGUUGAAUCACUCACCCCGAGUAGGAUCGAAAAGGAACCAUAAUUUCCCUCAAGAACAUGAAUCCCACAACAACUACAGUAAUCUUUUGGAUACGACUAGUACUGCAGGUGUUAGGAGGCAGAAUUUCAUAGAUGCUUGGUCAAGAAGUACUGGAGGAGGCGACAACUGUUCUCUUAGUUUGUCGAUGCAAUGUAGUGGUGGGAUUGAUGAUGAUGAUCACAAUUUUGAAAUUGGAAUGUUGGAUGUGGAAAGAGAAGGGAAAUCGCAUAACCAGUGGUUGUUGAACCAGAGUUCUUGGAUGGGUUCACGUUCAACACCUGGUGGACCAUUGGGUGAAGCAUUGGGCCUGGGUAUUGCUAGUAGUACUGUGAAUGGGCCUUUGAGUGGGCCAUCUUUUCAUGGCCAUAGUAGUAGUAGUAGUACAAACACAAGCAGCUUGUGCGAUAAUGGUGACACACAUGGCCAUGAGCUUAGCUUCAUUAGGUGAACCUGAAAAACCAUGGAAAGCUAUGAUGAUCAGUGGGGUCCAUCUUGUGUUUUGUAGUUGAAAAUUUCUUAGACUACUUGGGUUUCAUUUUAUUUAACAAUUUUAUUUGCCAUAGACCAUAGUUCAUCUUUAUGAAUCAUG